CCUUGCGGCUAUAAAUUCCCCAACCCCUCCCGUCUCGUCCCCACACAUCCGAUCCAAUCCAAUCCAAUCCAGUCCCCUCUCCGAUCGAAGCGAAGCCAAGGCUCUCUCAAGAUGCAGAUCUUUGUGAAGACACUCACCGGCAAGACCAUCACCCUCGAGGUUGAGUCUUCUGACACGAUCGACAACGUUAAGGCCAAGAUCCAGGACAAGGAGGGCAUCCCUCCGGACCAGCAGCGUCUCAUCUUCGCUGGCAAGCAACUGGAGGAUGGCCGCACCUUGGCUGACUACAACAUCCAGAAGGAGUCCACCCUCCACCUGGUGCUCAGGCUCCGGGGUGGCAUGCAGAUAUUUGUUAAGACUCUCACCGGCAAGACCAUCACCCUCGAGGUUGAGUCCUCGGACACCAUCGACAACGUCAAGGCCAAGAUCCAGGACAAGGAGGGCAUCCCUCCGGACCAGCAGCGUCUGAUCUUCGCCGGUAAGCAGCUCGAAGAUGGCCGCACCCUGGCGGACUACAACAUCCAGAAGGAGUCCACCCUCCACCUUGUCCUCCGGCUCCGUGGUGGCAUGCAGAUCUUUGUCAAGACCCUCACCGGCAAGACUAUCACCUUGGAGGUUGAGUCCUCGGACACCAUCGACAACGUCAAGGCCAAGAUCCAGGACAAGGAGGGCAUCCCUCCGGACCAGCAGCGUCUGAUCUUCGCCGGCAAGCAGCUUGAGGAUGGCCGCACCUUGGCUGACUACAACAUCCAGAAGGAGUCCACCCUCCACCUGGUGCUCAGGCUCCGUGGUGGCAUGCAGAUUUUCGUUAAGACUCUCACCGGCAAGACCAUCACACUGGAGGUUGAGUCCUCGGACACCAUUGACAACGUCAAGGCGAAGAUCCAGGACAAGGAGGGCAUCCCCCCGGACCAGCAGCGCCUAAUCUUUGCCGGCAAGCAGCUUGAGGAUGGCCGCACCUUGGCUGACUACAACAUCCAGAAGGAGUCCACCCUCCACCUGGUGCUCAGGCUCCGUGGUGGCAUGCAGAUCUUUGUCAAGACCCUCACCGGCAAGACCAUCACACUGGAGGUUGAGUCCUCGGACACCAUUGACAACGUCAAGGCGAAGAUCCAGGACAAGGAGGGCAUUCCCCCGGACCAGCAGCGCCUGAUCUUUGCUGGUAAGCAGCUCGAAGAUGGCCGCACCCUGGCGGACUACAACAUCCAGAAGGAGUCCACCCUUCACUUGGUGCUCCGGCUCCGUGGUGGCCAGUAAGCUCCUGUACAUGGUGCUUCUGUUUCUGUGUUCACAAGUCUUCGUGCCUUAGUUGGAGUUGUCGUCCGUGUCUUUUCUAGUGUGUCGUCUGGGUCUGUCGUUGGUGUCUUCGUUUCUACAGUACUGUGGUGCAGUGUUACUGGUUGGGUCUGAAACUUCUGCUGUCGUGCAGCAUGUUCGAUGAGCUAUGAGUAAGUGAGCCCUGAAUCAAGUGAGCCCUGUUUACGGUCUAUAAUUGUGUUGGUUCUGAAUUUGAUAUAUAAUUCUGUUAUUUU